AGGGCCUCCGGCGGCCCCGGCCGCCCAGAACGGGGGCCCGAGCCGCCGGGGGCCGAGGGGCCGCUCGCGCGCCGCAGCGCCGACGCGCUGAGGCGCGGGGCGGUGCGGUGCGGCCCUCCGGCCCCGUGCGGCGGCGGGGUCGCUGCGGGCGGCCUCCGAGCAUCGGGCGUGGCCAGCGGUUCCCCCCCCCCUUGUCGCUGCCCCUCGCUUCCCUUGGCCUCCACAGCACACCCCCAGGCCCGGCAGGCCGAGGAGGCGCUUCGGGCCAGGAGCACCUCCAGCAGCCCUCGAGGGCAGCUCCCCGGGCGGUGGGAGGUGCCAGCCUGGCGUGCGAGGCGCACGGUGCAUCUUUUGCGCAUGGGGCGCUCGAGCGCGCGCUCGAGCGCCGCCGCCGGCGCGCUUCUGGCGGCGGUGGGCACGGAGAGGUGCCCAUCGGAGGUUGCCAGAGGAGGUGGAGAUUGCCCUGGCAGGUCCUGGCUCGUUCGCUGA